GCUGGUACACUGGCACGCGUCCGUCUCGCCCGCUUCGCCCCCCACCACUCCGGCAGACGGCGGCCACCGCCACCGCCGCCACCGUCGCCGUUCUGCCGCAGGCCGCCCCACCCGCGUCGAUUCCGGGACAAUCAUGUGUCCUCCACUUGGUACACCAACAGAAAUGGACUACAGUAUCAGUGAUUCUUGGAGCGAUGAAGAACUUGUGCGAUUCUUGGCAGAGAGGAAGGCCGACGACUCCCUGCCAGAGAACGUACUUGUGGGCAUGGACCUUUCUCUCAUUCAUCCACAGGACUCCUCUCCUGGGAACAUAUGGUACCUGAACCAGUCAGAUGAUCAGCAGCCCUAUGGGAAUGGCGAGUCAGAUAUUAGAAAGGCAAAAGGUGGAUACUGGAAGUGCAUAGAUGUUCUCAGAAUACCAACAAGUAAAUCUACUGCUGGUGUGAAAUUUAGUCUGGAGUUUUAUGAAGGCGAAGCACCAUCUGGUAAGAGAACUCAGUGGUUGAUGCAUGAAUAUCAGGUAGAACAGAAUGAUGAAGCUAAUGUACCACAGGAGUACAAGUCUUUGUGUACAAUAUUGAUGCAGGGGAGCAAAAAGUUAGAUACUGAAGAUGAACUGCUAUCUCUGAGUACUAAUGCUCCUAAUGAUCACUUGGAAUCUUAUCUUCAAUAUCUUGCUGACAUGGAAGAGCAGAAUGUUGCAGUAAACUCAAAGAUUGUAUCUUCCAGCCAGCAAAAUAGCUCUUCCAGAGAAGGGAAGGACAUUUAUGAAGAUUAUAAUGCUGCAGAUGGCGUAGAUUUUGUGAAUGCUCUUGCUAACGAGGACUACAUAGAAAUGAAAGAUCUAUUAAGCUCAGAUGGCUCUGCAUCGACUUCUGAAUUUUCAAGUAGACGGUCUGAAGAGUACUUUGACUCUGAUGCAUUACUGAGAGAGCUCUUGAAUGACCAAAACACAACUAGAGAAAUACAUCAGGACUGCAACCAUAACAUAGCCGGACCUACUAAAUCUGAUUGCGUGGUUAUCAGUCCACCAGAACAAGGGUUGGUUCACAACCAUGAUAAUGGUGCCAUGGUGGCUGGAACAUCACUGGAAAAGGCAGCGUCAGAUUCUGAAAGAGAUCAACAUUCGAGCGAUCAGUGUCUGGAUCACCAUCCUCCUGCGUCUUCCUGUUCUCAAAACAGCCAUGUAGAACAAAGCCAUUCAAAUAGUUCUAGCAGCUCGCAUGGAAGCACCACGUCUCCCCAGAGAAGUCGAUCUAUCGGUAAACUUGGAAAGAUAGGAAAGAAGUACUGCUGCUUGGGAUCAUUCUAGUCCCCUGCAUAUAGCAUUUCAUCGAUUUUGUACAGGAUGGGACAUAGGCAAGUCAAGUUUUCCUCUUGAGCUGUGUAACAUAGGAUAUACCAUGCCAUGGUAUUCGGACCUUGACCCUGUCACCUGAACAAACUGUUGAUAGAUCUUCUGGCAGAACGAGGGCACGUUCCGAAGCAGCAUGAGAAAGCACUUCAUAUAGUGUGAGGCACUAUGUCCUGACACUGAUGAUUCUGUUGAACCGAGUUGAGGCUCUUAUAUCGUUUGAUCGAUAAUAUGCCAGUUCUGUUAUCGAUUCUUAUCUUUGUUCAGUACAAUGAGUUCAGUUGUGGUUUCCAACUCUCACCAGCCCCUCAUUUGUGAAUUCUAUUGUAAAAUUCUGUGCAAUGUAAUUUCACCUUUUAGCAAGUGAUACUAACUGAUAAA